UGUAGAUUCACGUAAAAUUAUAGAUAGGAUUAUUUAAAAAGAAAUUAUUGAUUAGGGUAGGUGGGGGUAAGAGUACGAACUGUCAAUUUGAGAUGUUUUUGAAGAGUUUCAUGCUUCUGCCACCAGUCGGCAGGUCGGUUGUAAUGGCAUCUUUGCUCAUUCGUAUUCCUGAAGCAUUCUGAACGACUCUACACAAAAUAAUGAGAAACCGUCCCAGAACAAGUGCCAGGACUCAACUGACGGACGCCCUAUUUCAACAGGCUAAAUCAAUGAUGAAUGAUGGGAUAUCAAUUCGUCAGGCAGCCAAAGCCAUUGGAUUUAGUGAAGGUGCUUUGCGGAAACGACUGAAAACGGGGAAAGGGAGUCAACAACUUGGCAAAACAAGUGUUGCGCGAAUUAUGGGGUUUAACAGGGUUCAACUGAACAACUACUUCAAUAAUCUUGAGACAGUAAUGGAAAAAUACGGGUUUUCCUCAGAUCGUUUGUACAAUAUGGACGAAACUGGAGUCCAAACAGUGCCAAACAAGUUGCCCAAGCAUGUUGCUCCAAAAGGGAAAAGAGAAGUAGGUAAAUCAGUAGCAGCUGAGCAGGGGCAGACAGUGACCGUUGUGUGUAGUAUGAGUGCUGUAGGUCAUCAUAUUCCUCCUUUUUUCAUUUUUUCAAGGAAGCGAAUUAAUCCUCAGCUCAUAAAUGGAGGCCCAACAGGCUGUGAUAUGGCUGUCACAGACAAAGGUUAUAUGACUUCAGCAACAUUCAUAAUAUGGCUUAAACAUUUCCAAAAAUUUACACAUCCAACAGUAGAGCGACCAGUAUUGUUAAUUCUCGACAACCAUAUUUCACAUGUGAGCUUAGAAGCAAUCACAUAUGCCAAGGAAAACCACAUCAUCAUGCUGAGCCUCCCACCUCACAGCAGCCAUAGGACACAACCCCCUUGA